UGUGACUGUCUUUUCUUUCACUGCUUCCACUACUUCUACUUCUACUUCUAUAGCUAUUGCUAUUGCUGUUGCUGCUGGUCUGCUACUUCUAUAGCUAUUGCUGUUGCUGCGACUGGUAGUCAAGGAGAGAAGAGACCUCUAAACAUGCCCAAAGACUCCAGGCAAGGAAGCGCAUUCACGCACCCGCAAACACCGCGCAAUCCACAGCGGCCAUCCUCAUCAGGCGGCAGUAUCCUCAAGUCCAUCUUCUCGCCAGCUGUAUCAUUCUUUGGCCGUCAUUCUACACAAUCCAAAAAGCAAGCGCGGAUUGAGCAAGCUGCGUCCAAGGCUCAAACGUAUCAAGAGGAUGAAGAGGCGGGUGGUACCGACAACGACGACGAGUAUGAUGACGAGGAAGGCCGAGUAGGCUUACAGGAGCACAUACCACCUCCACCUCAACGACAAGGCCAGGCAUCGACUACUGCCAGACCAACGACCCCUGCCACGGCACCGUUCCCAUUUAGCUUCACACCCGUUCGUGCACAAAACGCAUCAGGGACCCCGUCACCGUAUGCGGCACCACCGUCUUCUGCAAGCCCACAAGCAGUCCUUGCUGAAUUCUUCAAGAACCGAGGCGAUGCGCCCUUCACCGAGGUCGAGCGUGAAGGCAUUCUUGCACUCGUCAGUCGUGCAGGGUCACCCGCUACAGCUAUGCAACCACCAUCACCCGUCAACGUGACACCUGCAAGACCGGCGUAUACCCCGAUUUUCACACCAGCGGCGAUUCAAACCACCACAGGCACCGCUCCAGGCUUUCAUCCCGGUACAAGCAACAGUGUCGUUCGACAAGGCAGUCUUCUCGCAUCAGCAAAUCGUAAGCGACCACCUUCUUUUACCUCUGCUUUGGCGCAAUCGCCCUUUAAACGGCGUAGUAGUCUUGCAAGAACGAGUUUUGCACCACAACAACCUGAUUCGCCACAACGCAGACCACAAGAAUCGAUGGAAAUGGCAGCCUUGCCACCGACAGAAGCGUCUGGUGCUGGGAAACGUGGCCUUGAAGAUGUCGCUGCACCGCUUGCAAAGCGUACAAAAAUGAGUCAUGUGGAAGACUCACAGACGGGUCGCGCGACGGCUGCAUCGAUGCUAGCGAUUUUGGAGGAUGGAAAGGGUGAUUUGCCUGCAUCUGAGGAGACCGUGUCGGAGGAGCAAAAACAAAAACAGAUUCAAGCAAUGCUCAAUCCGUAUGCGCGAUCUAGUGUUGCGCCGUCACCGAGAAGAGUCAGACAGUCUCCGGCGCGCGCAGAAAGAGGGUUGAGUGUAUUGGCUGUGAUGCGGGGGACGCCUGCAAAAGAGAAGCAAAGCUUGACCUAUACACCAGACGGCGCCUUGGUACCGCAAAAGAAGGGGUUAUUGCCUCUUUCGAGCGGAUCACUCUUUCCUCCGCGUGGUGGACAGACGCUCCAAGCGGAAAGCAGCUUCUCACAAACACCAAAGACUAAGACACACUCGCAGUCCUCUGCAUUUUCACUCACUGCAAGUCAAAGCAGUUUGGCACCAGGGAAUGCAUCAGCGACCUUCAAACAAUCUUUUGCAACAACAGAUGUGGAUGAGGGACAAAAUGACACGCGCUCAGUCCCAUCACGCGAAUCCCAGCAGAGUGCAAAUACGCCUGGCAAGCGACGUGGAUUUGGUCUGCACAGUGACGAUGAGGAGAUGUCUGGCGCUGUUGAUUCAGGUGCCCAAGAACAUGCCGCUCAUGGUGGCUUCGAAGCUGUCCGGUCUACAGACACUGCAAAGGCAGCGCCAGCGUUUUCAAGUGGCGAUAAAAAAUCAGACACGGCGGAACAUCAAUCACAUGGCGGCUUUGUCUUCAACCCACCAACCAAAUCUACUUCUGAAGAGCCGGUGGAUUCACCUGCUAAUGUGCACAAAUUACGCGAUGGGACGGAGUAUAUCUCUCCAUCAAAGAAGCACACGGAGCAGGAAACUUCUGCGCCGAGUGGAUUUGUGUUCAAGCCAAGUGCUGCAAAGACGACGUCUGCUUUCAGUUUUGGGCAAAGUCAAUCGAGCGAUACAACGCCUGCACCUGCCAAAAUGUCGUUUACAUUUGAUCCAACAAAGAAGGCUGAACCACUCGCAAAACCGCUUGUUGCGCCCAAACCUGCAACCGUCCAAGCUAUCAAGGACGACGACAGGACACGCGCUGCUAGAGUACCUGCAUCGCAACUUGAGGCCUUCAUCUUCUCGCUAGACGCACCAACAACGCCUGGCAAGCAGGAGCUCAAAGAACGUGCUGGUCGUGCUGAAUUGAUUGCAUACCACUUCACUACCACUACGCAACAGACCACCACAGCACCACCAAAACCACAAACUGGUGGUUUCAAUUGGGCUGCUGCAGGCAUGAAGGCGCCUGUGGCUUCUGGUUGGACCUGUGAUGUAUGCAUGGUCUCGAACUCAACAGACAAGACGACCUGUGUUUCUUGCGAAUCGUCAAAGCCAGCAGGUACGAGCGCUACUGCACCAGCACCACCAGUAAAGAGUUCGGGUGGUUUCAAUUGGGCUGCGGCGGGUAUGACGGCGCCCAAGACGGCAGGGUGGUCAUGCGAUGUGUGUAUGGUGAGCAAUCCGGCAGACGCUAGCAAGUGCCUAGCAUGCGAGUCGCCCAAGCCUUGAGUCAAGAUAUAGCAAAAGAAGAAUAGGGCUUAUUAAGA